GCUGCGACUUCGCAUCGUAAUGACCCAUGGCGAUAGUUCCCUGUGGCAACGAGCACGCAGCUUGCACCAAAGACCCUGGCUUGCACGAUGCAGAUAGAGCCGCGCUCAAAAGGGCAGCUCGGAAGUGUAAUCAGAGCCCUUCAGUAUAAGGGCCUGUCCGUGUCACCCAGUCAGCGUUGGAAGCCCGGACGCCAGCAUUUAAAAGCAGCAACUGGAUCUGGAGUUGAGAAGCAAUUGACAACAAGCCCGUCGUUACUUCUACCGCUACCGGAGACCUGGGAAGAUGAACGCCCCGGGGUUAGGAGCCUUCAAUGAAGUUGCCCAAACACCACUGCUGAGGAAAAUCAGAAGCUUGAUACCCCUCAACUUCUGGACAGAAGUGAAGGAACUUUUCCGAUUGGCCGGUCCAGUGGUUCUAUCCCAGCUGAUGGUGUUUUUCAUCGGCAUAGUCAGCUCCAUAUUCUGUGGUCAUUUGGGGAAAGUUCAACUGGAUGCAGUGUGUCUCGCUACAGCAAUGAUUAAUGUAUCGGGUAUCUCCGUGGGUGCUGGAUUGGCCUCCGCCUGUGAUACGCUCAUAUCCCAGACAUUUGGCAGCAGAAAUCUGAAGAGAAUUGGGGUGAUUCUGCAAAGAGGAAUCCUCAUCCUGAUGAUAUUCUGCUUCCCCUGUUGGGCCCUCUUAAUUAACACCGAGCACAUCCUGCUGGCUGUUCACCAGUCUCCCAAAGUGGCCAAGUUAGCUCAGCUGUACGUGUGGAUAUUUAUCCCUGGUCUUCCUGCAGCAUUUCUGUAUCAGUUGGAGAUCCGAUACCUUCAGAAUCAGGGGAUCACUCUGCCGCAAGUCUUCACGGGUCUCCUCGCCAACAUCUUCAACGGGCUGGUGAAUUACGUCCUCCUCUACGUGCUGACACUGGACGUGCCAGGCUCCGCUGCUGCCAAUGUUGCUUCUCAGUACUUUCAAGUCAUUCUCCUGUUUCUGUACAUUCGAAGGAAGAAGUUGUAUGUGGGGACAUGGACAGGCUGGUCAGCUGACUCUCUGCAGGAGUGGGGCAGCUUUGUCCGACUUGCCAUCCCCAGCAUGUUGAUGCUGUGUAUUGAGUGGUGGACCUACGAGAUUGGCACCUUCCUAUCAGGGCUGGUUAGUGAAGUUGAACUCGGAGCACAGUCGAUUAUUUACCAGGUGUUAACAGCGGCAUACAUGAUACCCCUUGGUUGCAGUGUGGCUGCAAGUGUCCUUGUGGGCAACGCGCUUGGGGCUAGAAACCCGGAGAAGGCUCAGAACUCAGCAGCCAUCGCCCUGUGUUUUAUCGGCGGCUGUUCACUGCUGAUUUCUGUCAUCCUUGGAUCCACUCGGAGUGUGCUGGGAUAUGUUUUCACCACUGACAAGGAGAUCAUUCAGUUGGUGUCAGAUGUGGAUCCAAUCAUUGCCACGUUCCACUGGUUUGAAGCCAUAGCUACUGUGAGCGGCGGAGUGCUGAGAGGGGCUGGGAAGCAGAAGCUGGGAGCCCUCGGUAACCUGGUUGGCUUCUACUCCAUUGGCUUCCCCCUGGGGAUCACGCUAAUGUUUGCAGCUCACCUUGGCGUCACAGGUCUUUGGUCGGGCUUCUUCGUCUGUGUGGUCAUACAAGCUGCCUUCUUCCUGGUUGUCAUUAGCAAAAUUAACUGGAGGAAGGCCUGUGAACAGGCAAUGAUUAAUGCGGGGAUGAAGAUAAAUGUGGACACUUCUUACAGCUCGGGUAACAGCCCGGUGAACGAUAUUCCAACAGAGGCACGGACGGAGAAUAUCGCCGUCAUUGUGUUGUCCAACCUUAGUCAAGUGGAGAGCAACGCUGACACCGAGCAACUCAGGGAAGAAAGCACCGUGCCCGAAAUCGGAGUGACCAUCGUCGGCGAAAUCUUAUCCACAAAGCAACUCAUCCUGCGCCGGGGUCUGGCCUUCCUUUCGGGACCCUUGAUCCUGGCCGUCGGGCUGGUGGUUCAGUUGACUGUCGUCCACGGGACAUAGCCCUUUUGGUGAAAGCGGCUGACGGACGCGGGGAGAUCGCGGGGCAUUUCAACAGCAAGGGGACCAGCCAGAGGGACACCUUGCCUUGGAGUACAGGCGGUCAGCAUGCAACUGGGGCGUCAGUCGGGAAUUCUCAGCUGUCCCAUCUGGAGUAGUGUGCAGGGGGACCUGGUACACAAUCCACAAUCCAGCAUGGAAAGGUCUCCAAAUUUCACACGGAAGGAAUCAAUGCAAGCGAUCAAGCAUCUUUAGGUCUAAGUUUAUGAUUGUCACGUACAUCAAGAUACAGUGAAACGCUUUUGUUUGCAUGCAAUGCAAUGGAAUCAGGCAAUACUAUAUAUGAAUACUAUUAACCCAUACACAAGUGCCACAAGUAAAGUAAAGACAGGAAAUAGCAGAAUAUAGUUUCCCAGUACUGUAGAAAAAGUCCAGAGAAACAGUCUAAUGUCCACAAUGAGAUAGGUUGGAGAUUCAGGACAGUACCCUCGCUUAUACAAGGACCAUUCAGAAGUCUGAUAACAGAGGGGAAGAAGCUGCUCCUGAGUCUGGUGGUACGUUCUUUGAAGCUUCUGAACCUUCUGCCCGAUGGGACUGGAGAGAAGGAAUGACCAGUGUAGGAAAAAUCCUUGAUUGUGUUGGCUGCUUUCCCCAAGGUAGCGUGGAGUCUAGAUGGAGUCGACGGUGACAAGUCUGGCCUGUGUGAUGGACUGGGCUACAUCCACGGCUCUGCAAUGUAUUGCAGUCUUGGCCUGAGCUGUUCCUAAAACCAAGCUGUGAAGCAAGCUGACAGUGUGCUCUCCAUAACGCAUCAGCAGAGGUUUGUAAGAGUCAUUGGAGACAUGCCGAAUUUCCCCAGUCUCCUGAGGAAGCAGUGGCAUUGGUGUGCUUGGUGGCUCUCGUUUCAAUGUCGUUGGUCCACGUCAGGUAGUUGUGGUUACACCUGGAACUUGAAGCUGUCAACCAUUCCCAUCUCCACAUCAUGGAAGGUAGACAAAAAUGCUGGAGAAACUCAGCGGGUGCAGCAGCAUCUAUGGAACGAAGGAACUAGGCAACGUUUCGGGCCGAAACCCUUCUUCAGACCACAUCAUUGAUGCUGAUCGGGGAGUGUACUCCACCACUCUUCCUGAAGUCGAGAACAAGCUCCUUCAUCUUGCUGACCAUGAGGGAGAGGUUGAUGUCCUGACACCAUGUUACGGAGCUCCCUGAUCUCCUCCCUGUACUCACAACUCAGAUACUCCGAUGCUGUCCAAAUUUGCAUUGUAUUGCCGCAAGUUUAAUGUUCAGUUAAGGACUCGUAGAUGCAGUAGCGAUCCAGUUUACAUUCGUUAUGUUCAGGGGUUAAAAUCCAACAAACGUUCCAGACGUCAACAUUGAGGACCACAAUUAUUAAUACAGUAAAAUAUGCUCUUCUCUGCCAGAUAUAGUGGACUUCUUUACACUCUCCCUCCAGAGGAGGCACAAGAGACUGUAGAUGCUGGAAUCUGGAGCGAAGAAAGGAAGAGUAGCUGGAGGAACCAGGAUUUAGGUUUAUUAUGGCCAUGAACAGUGAAAAGCUUUUAUUUCUGUGAAAACCAAACAAAACUACUCUUGAAUACAAGCCAAACACAAACACAAUGGUAGAGAAAUAUUUUAGAUUUACAAGUGGAAAAGAGAUUUACAAGAGUGGGGAGAUUAUAUUGGAUGAUAGUGGACCCUCCCCAUGGACCAGCUAAACAAAGAGCGGCCACACUCGGACGCCAUCUUGUUAGGGUUCCAGCAGGUCUGUAAAGGCCCUGUCCCACUUAGGAGACCUAAACAGCAACCUCUGGUGACCUUGCCCGCCACCCAAGGUUUCCAUGAGGUCUCCGGAGGUUUUGGUCACUCUCCCUAAUGGUCGAAAGUGGUUUCCGCGUGGUCGAGGCUUCAUCUAGGUUGCUGCUAGUUUAUCAUCGUGAAUAAUACCGGCCUCGACUAAAAAUAGGUCGCCGUUUUAAAAAUCGAUCAUUUUUUAGUCGCAGGUCUAGUCGAAGCCGGUUUUCUUCAUAGUUGAGGAAGGUUUUCAACAUAUGUGUGGGAGGUGGUAGGAGGUUGCAGGGCAAGGUCAUCAGAGGUUGCUGUUUAGGUCUCCUAAGUGGGACAGGCCCUUUUCAUCCGUGGGGGGAGUGGACAGCCGACAUCUUGAUUUAGUUUAGUUUGGUUUCGAGGCACAGUGUGGAAACAGGCCCUUUCUGCCCACAGAGCUGGAAUCCUACACACAAGGGACAAUUUACAGAAGCCAAUUAACCGGAAACCGGAGCACCCGGAGAAAACCCACUCGGUCACAGGGAGAACGUACAAACUCCGUACAGGCAACACCCGUAGCCAGGAUUGAACUCGGGUCUCUGGCGCUGUGAGGCAGCAACUCUAUCGCUGUGCCACCCUUGAUCCAACAUGCCUACUGUCCAUUCCCUCCACAGAUGCUGCCUGACCCGCUGAGUUCCUCCAGCAACUCUUCCUUUUGUUUCGCUCCAGUUCCCUGUGCACUUGGUCACCAGACGUCAAAUGGUGGACUAUUGUGUUAAGUGGUGAUUAUUAGGCAGUGUGAAGCAAUGAUCAUUGGUGUGAAGCAGGUAUUAUUCUGCUGCUGCAGGAGCUUGCUUGUGCGCUUGAGGUUAACGAGACUGAUGGUGAUGGUCACAGACUCAGCAGGAGUUAAUUGCUUUUUGAAAGGGUGGGGGCAAGAAUUUUGACAGCUGGAUUGCGAACUGCUGACUUGGGAACCUCUGGCAACGGCCCAUGAUGGCUUUGAGAGGGAUGGGGAUCUUCAAACCUUCCGAGGCAGUGGAAGCCCAUCAGAUUCCAGAAGAUGCGUGUGGGAAGGAACUGCAGAUGCUGGUUUACACCGAAGAUAGUCACAAAAUGCUGGAGUAACUCAGUGGGUCGGGCAGCAUCCCUGGGGAACAUAGAGUCAUUCAGCUUGGAAACAGGCCCUUCAGUCCAACUUGCCCACUCCGAACAACAUAAUCCACCUACUCUAGUCCCACCUGAUAGUAUUUGGCCCACAUCCCCUAAACCUAUUACACCCAUGUACCUGUCUAAAUAUUUUUUAUACAUUAAACCUUUAAACAAGGAUAGGCGAUGUUGAGGAUUGGGACCAUUCUUCAGACUGAUGACUAUUGGAAACCUGUUUUCCAAUGUCAAAGUCCAGAUCUGGUAGAUGGAUUCCCUUUAUAAAAGUAUAAAGGAUUUUUUUUU